AUUAAUAGUUUUUUGGAAAAAAAUAUUCGUUUAACCACACUUCGAUUACGAACGAAAAUGGCGAUUGUGUGUGUUACGAAAUGGGUGGCACGGAGGGAUAGUUUGUUUUGAGCUAUAGUAUAGCUGCAUUCUGUUUAUUUUGUGAGUUUAUGUAGGAAAUGUAGCGUUUUUAACACUUAGGAUAUUGCCCCCAGGAGUAAGUCCAGUUCACCAGAAACAAGUACUGUCAUAUAAUAGGCAAAAUGAUUUCGUUCGAAGUUGGUGUCAUCUUGCCGUCAGCUGGAACAGGUGAAAGGGUCGGAGCAUCGUCACCAAAACAAUACAUCGAAAUAAUGGGCAGGCCCAUUUUGCUGUACGCUCUGGAGGAGGUGUUGCGGCCGCCGUGGGUCCGUCGUGUCGCGCUGGUCGUGGACUCUCCGGAGAAAGUGCAGACGGUUCUGGACGGGUCCGGCAUCAAAGGUGCAGAUCGUGUCUCUGUUGUCAGAGGGGGCUGCAGCCGACACCGAUCCAUACGGAAUGGCCUGCAGGCACUUCAGAAAGCUGAGGCGGGUGUGCGCGUGGUGGUGGUGCACGAUGCAGUGCGCCCUCUGGUACCUGCGGAGCUGCUAGAGAGGCUGGUGGUACUGGCUGAGCACCACGGGGCGGCAGGUGCGACGCGGCCACUCACCUCGACUGUGGUGCGCGCGUCUCCGGACGCCGGUGGGACGCUGCUGCUGCAGGCCAGUCUCGACCGCGACUCUCACCUCGCGUCGGAGACCCCGCAGGCAUUCCGGACGGAGGUGCUGGCCACUGCUUACAACAAGAGCACGGAGGAUGAGCUGGAUCGUGGGACGGAGUGCCUCGCGCUGGUUCUGCGGCACGCCGGCGUGCGGCCACGUCUCCUGGAGGGUCCGCCAGACCUCUGGAAGGUCACCCACAAGAGGGAUGUGUACGCCGCUGCUGGCUGCCUCAGGGAGCGCAGCACACGUGUGUGCGUGGUGGCGGCAGCAGACACGGAGGCGGCACGGCUGCUCGCGGAGGAGCUGACCCCGCGGGUGGGUGAGCUGGCGCGCAUCACGACGGGUAGCCUCCCGGAGCCCGGCGACUCCCCACCCGGAACUCCGCCCGCCACUGCUGCGGCGGCACCAGCGGUCACCUCCACAUACAACACGGUGGUCUUUUUCCAUGUGCACGAGAUCUCGCAGGACGGGCAGCUGCUCGACCUGGCCACGGUCCUCGAUGUUGAGAAGCAGGGUGUCAUCGUGCACGUGAUCGAGCACCCGGAGGGUGACGGCAUGCGUGGUGUGUCGGCACUGGAGCUGCACCGCUCGGGCCGCCACAUGGCGCGCCACCACGAGAAGUUGCGCAAGGCGGUUGUCGUGGUGCACUGGCUCUCUGCCGGCGAGGAGCGCGGGCUCGCGCACCUCGUCUCCGCCCUCGUCCUCUCUGAUGACCCGCGCGCAUUCUCAGGACAGACGCUGUUUCUCUGAGUGUCAGUCGGGAUAGAGAGGAGGAACAGGCAGAAAAAGAGAAGAUACAGGAAUUGGGUCUAUGUGAACUGGAUGAGAAAGUUGUGCAGGACGCAUCAAUGAGGGAGACCUGUGACAGCAUAGUGAGGACGUGUGAAAACAACCAAACUUUCUGAUACUUUUUCUGUAUUUGUUUUUGUAAUUUUAUUUUCAACUGUUCUUUUCUCAUAAAGGCUUUAAUGAAUAUGAAAACUUAUGAAUUUAGUUCUUUCAGAGAUGUUCGAAAGUUGAAAAACUUGCUGCUACAUAUUAUUUUGUAAACUUUGUUAAGAGCAUAUUUAUUAUCGCAUUUCAUGAUACACAUUUAUACAAUAUUGGACUGCAGUAAUAGACAAUUACUUCUUAAUUCAUUUAAAUUAAUUUUGUUAUUUGUAAGAUCUGUAUUGUAUCUGCAGCUGCACAAAUAGCUGGAGUUGUACCAAAACAAUGAAUCUGUUUGAAGGAUCUCACUUAAUUUUUUAACAUGUUAUAGUAAUGAAGAGGCAUUAUGUGUUGUACCUGAUACAUGUGCAGUCCCAUCAGUGUUUGAGAAAAUGGUCUUAUUCACUUUUUACUGGACCUUUUUUGGUUUGUCUUUUGGCAGCCUGUAGUGUGAGGAAGAAAGAAAAAACGGAAAAAAACGAGAUUAGUUGGAUCCCUCCUGAAAUUGCCCCCGAUAUGUCAGACUGUUAAUGUCAUAGAAUGCCACAGUAUUAAUGUGGUGUGUGCUUUGUAAAUGUAUUUGUAGGUUUUUGGCAAGUCUCAUUUUGACAUAUAAGUGUCUUGUUUAUGUAGUAAAUGUCAUAAAGUAAUAUUCAGUAGAUAGAUGGUGUAGCUGCUAAUUCAUGCCUGCAUAAUGU